AUGCCAGAACAGAAAACAAUGAGUGCUGGAAAAUCUUGGCAAAGGGGUUCUCACAUAUAUACACAACACAUAGAGCUUACCCUGAUCAUGCUUGAAUUUUUGUCAAAAUUAUGUCCGUAUCCAUCGCGAGAGAUCUCGGACCACGUCUACGAUGAGCUGAAGAAGGUGUUAAUUCUCGCUGGAGCGUUUUUCUUCAUCACAAUAGUAUGCGUUAUGUCAAAAUUACAGGUUGGAACGGAGGACGUCCUUCGUUGGUCACCUGUCGUUUGGCUUCUAGGCGUUUGCGUAGCAGGUACAUUCAUGAAUCUCAUCUUCUACUGCCAGAAGAAAUACCGGGAACGAAAGCAGCGACAGCGAGAUCAACAGGAGGAGCUGCUCUUCUCACUGGCGAUUCCUCGAUCGUAUCCGUGCUUAGCGCCGGCACCUCACAUCAACUGUUGCCGAGCACCACGAAUCUCCAUUCCUGACCGGGGUCUUCCAUCAUACGAAGAUGUUAUUACGCACAAGCUCGAGGAUCACUCCUUACCACCUAAUUACUCGGACGCUGUUUCGAUGUUGAGCGGGUCAAUGCCUGUGUCCGGUCAAACUCCCAACCAGAUUCGGUACAACCAACAAACAAGCGACUGUUCUUGA